AUGGCGCCCAGUACACAAGCCUACAUGCAGAGGACAGGACAUGCCAAGCCGUUUACCACCACCACCACCCAUGGCCCAACAACAACUACUGGUUCAUUACACUCCAUUAUUUGGACGGCCGCGAGAGAGGAGGAAAAGACGCAUCCAGCCAUCUUCCCGGAAUGUCUGUGCGCAGAGGUCGUCGCCGCCGGCAGCGGCGGCGGGUACGCUGUCCGCGCCGUGACGGUGGACAAAGGAGGGGCGCGCCUCCGCGCCGAGCUCGCGGCCGUCGCUGCCGGCGGCGGUGGCGGUGGCGUGCACGCGGCGUACGGCGACGACGUGCGGAACCUCGACGUGUAUGCCAGUCUUGAGACAGACAGCCGGCUGCACGUCCGCAUCACCAACGCCGACCACCCACGAUGGGAGGUCCCCCAGAGCGUCAUCCCGCGCGAGGCGCCGCGGCAAAUCACCCUGGAGUCGAGCACGGGCGCCGCCUCGCCGCACAGCCGCGUCCUCUCCGCGGCGACGUCCGACCUGACCUUCACCCUGCACGCCUCGCCGUUCCGCUUCACCGUGUCCCGGCGCUCCAGCGGCGACGUCCUCUUCGACACCUCCGCGGCGCUGGUGUUCAAGGACAGGUACCUGGAGCUGACCACGGCGCUGCCGGCGGACGUCCGGGCGUCGUCGCUGUACGGGCUGGGCGAGCACACCAAGCGCACGUUCCGGCUGCAGCGCAACGACACCUUCACGCUCUGGAACGCCGACAUCCCGGCCAGCACCGUGGACGUCAACCUCUACGGCUCCCACCCGUUCUACCUCGACGUGCGCCACCCCGCCUCCGGCGGCGGCGCCGCGCAUGGCGUGCUCCUGCUCAACAGCAACGGCAUGGACGUCGAGUACGGCGGCUCCUACCUCACCUACAAGGUCAUCGGCGGCGUGCUCGACUUCUACUUCUUUGCCGGACCCGCGCCGCUCGACGUCGUCGACCAGUACACCCAGCUCAUCGGCCGCCCGGCCCCCAUGCCGUACUGGUCUUUCGGGUUCCACCAGUGCAGGUACGGGUACAAGAACCUGGCUGACCUGGAGGGCGUGGUGGCCGGCUACGCCAAGGCCAGGAUCCCGCUGGAGGUGAUGUGGACGGACAUCGACUACAUGGACGCGUUCAAGGACUUCACGCUGGAUCCGGUGAACUUCCCGGCCGUCCCCAUGCGGCAGUUCGUCGACCGCCUUCACCGGAACGGCCAGAAGUACGUCGUCAUCAUAGACCCAGGGAUCAACGUGAACCAGACGUACGGGACGUUCGUCCGAGGGAUGCAGCAGGACGUGUUCCUGAAGCGGAACGGCACCAACUACCUGGGCAAGGUGUGGCCGGGGUACGUCUACUUCCCGGACUUCCUCAACCCGCGCGCCGCCGAGUUCUGGGCGCGCGAGAUCGCGCUGUUCCGGCGGACGCUCCUCCCCGUCGACGGCCUGUGGAUCGACAUGAACGAGGUCUCCAACUUCGUCGACCCGGCGCCGCUCAACGCGCUGGACGACCCGCCGUACCGCAUCAACAACUCCGGCGUGCGCCGCCCCAUCAACAACAAGACCACGCCGGCGUCCGCGGUGCACUACGGCGGCGUGCGCGAGUACGACGCGCACAACCUCUACGGCUUCCUGGAGGCGCGCGCCACGCACGGCGCGCUGCUCGCCGACACCGGCCGCCGCCCCUUCGUCCUCAGCCGGUCCACGUUCGUGGGGUCCGGCCGGUACACCGCGCACUGGACCGGCGACAACGCCGCCACCUGGGACGACCUCCGGUACUCCAUCAACACCAUGCUCAGCUUCGGCCUCUUCGGCAUCCCCAUGGUCGGCGCUGACAUCUGCGGCUUCGGCGGCAACACCACCGAGGAGCUCUGCAGCCGCUGGAUCCAGCUUGGCGCGUUCUACCCGUUCGCGAGGGACCAUUCGGCGAUCGGCACGAUCCGGCGGGAGCUGUACCUGUGGGAGGUGGUGGCGCGGUCGGCGAGGAAGGCGCUGGGCCUGCGGUACCGGCUGCUGCCGUACCUGUACACGCUGAUGCACGAGGCGCACACGACGGGGGCCCCCAUCGCGCGGCCGCUCUUCUUCUCCUACCCCAAGGACGCGGCGACGUACGACGUGGACCGGCAGUUCCUGCUGGGCCGCGGCGUGCUCGUGUCGCCGGUGCUGGAGCCGGGGGCCACCACCGUCGACGCCUACUUCCCGGCGGGGCGGUGGUUCAGCCUGUACGACUACACGCUCGCGGUCGCCUCGGCGACGGGCAAGCGCGUCACGCUCCCGGCGCCCGCGGACACGGUCAACGUGCACGUGGCCGGCGGCAACAUCCUGCCGCUGCAGCUGCCGGCGCCGACGACGUCGCGGGCGCGGCGGACCGCGUUCCACCUCCUGGUCGCGCUCGGCGAGGACGGAGCCGCGUCCGGGGAGCUGUUCCUGGACGACGGCGAGUCGCCGGAGAUGGCCGGUUCGCGCGGCAAGUGGAGCCUGGUGCGGUUCAGCUGCGCGGCGGGGCACGACGGGGUUACCGUGAGGUCGCACGUGGUGCGCGACGCCUACGGGCCGACCCGGAAGCUGGCCAUCGGCAAGGUGAUCUUCCUGGGACUGCACUCGCCGGCGGCGCCACAGAGGGAGUUCUCCGUGUAUGUCAACGGCGUGAAGACGGCCAACUCGAUCGGCGGCGCGUUAGGGUACCAGAGGAACGGAGCAUUCGGCGCAGCUCAAGUGGAGGGGCUGUCGCUGGCCGUCGGCAAGGAGUUCGAGCUCAAGGUCGUCAUGUUGUAGAAACAUGCAUGGCACUCGAGCUUGUUCUGAAUAAAAACUGAUCAAAAGUUUGAAUUUAAAUUGGAAAUAAAAGAAUGGUAUCAUAACUCGUGUCCUUUCA